AUGAUUCUGGAGGUCGCGGUGGCGGUGUGCAGCGAUUCGUUGGAGCGAAGGUCUGAGCACAAGGAGCAGAAGCUGAUGCUAGAGCUGGAGCUCGAAGGACGCACUUCAAGCCCUCUGACUUCAAGCCGCGUCAGCCCGGCUUCCGAAACUGCUUCCGACAUGUCCUACUUCCCUGACACCAGCCACGAGAAUGGAACGUGCAAACCUUGUGUCUUCUUCUUCUCCAACUAUGGAUGUGGUCGGGGAAACAGGUGUGAAUAUUGCCACCGUUGGCAUGAAGAGGUGAGGCAAGUGCGGCGUGUGAGGCAAGUCAGUCGCCUUAGGAUGAAGAAGCGUCUGGCAGCGAUCGCCGGCGGCGACGGCGAUCCUCAUGUUGUCAUGGUAGAACUGCAAGAACUCGCCUCGCAUCAUCCAUACUCGUACGAGCUGGUCCGAUCCAUUCUGAAUCGAUGGGAGCUGCGAGUGGGCUGCGCUCGUCAGGGUGAGAUUCUGGCGGAGCUCAUGGCAGUGCGGAAGACGAGCGCACCCAGCGGUUUCCAGCCCUACCGCGAUCCAAUCCACCCGUCGGGCGAGACGCGCCGCGCGGCCGAUGGCCUGGGGGUGGAAGGUGUCGACAAAGGAAUGUGGAACGUCCUCUACCUGUUCCUGAACCACAAGCAGUUUGAGGACAAUUGCAUCCGCUUCCCAAAGACGGUGCGAGCCAUCGAGGAAGCAUUUCCUCGUCACUACUCUCACGCCUUCUUCUCUGCGCUCACCCCUGGUUCUCACAUUGUGAAGCACCAGGGGCCCUCGAACCGAAUGCUUCGCGUUUGGUUACCUCUGUGUGGCUUUGACAAGUUCCGCCUGCGGGUGGGGGAGCAGAUUUUGGAGCCGAAGGAGGGGCAGGCCUUUGUUUGGGACCACUCCUAUGAACACGAGGCCUGGCAUGAAGGCAGCGAGACGCGUUUGGUGCUGAUCGUGGACAUUUGGCAUCCCGACCUCUCCGACGCCGAGGUGAAGUUCCUUCGAACACUGCAGAGUUGUCGGCUUCGUGCUGGCAAGGCAUUGGCUGAAUUGGAGCCUUGGUGGAAAUGGGAGGCUUAG